AUCAGUGAGAUUAACAAGCCCCAUGAUCUUAGCCGGGUACCGUAAGAAGUAAAGAAGACCAGAGAUGGGCAAGGGCCGCUCUCAUGGAUGGAGCGUUUUCGACACAAUAAAGGCCUUCCCCUCCUCACCCGAAGCCCUAAUGGCUGAAAUCGAUGCAGCCAUUGCCGCCGUCGAGUAUGGCCAUGCCACCGCUCUCCUAUCAUCAUCGUCUUCAUCUCCAUUCCCACCUAUUGCAGCUGAGACCAAUAACGCGGUGAGUAGUGCCUUUGGGCCCAGAGGAUCCUCCCACGAUGCACGGCUGGCGGAGGAGUCCUACCGCGCAGCGUGCUCUGCCCUUGCCACUGGCCGACCGGACGCCGCUCUCCGAUCCAUCCGCGUCGCCCUCGCGAGUUGCCCGCCGGACAAAACCUCAGCAGUGGCCAAACUUCGAUCGCUUUCUUCCAUCGCAUCCUCUCAGUUGCAGAAACAGAACCAACAGCAUCAGCAGCACUCGCCACUGCUCUGAUGGUCAGAACUUAACCGCGUCUUCUUCUUAGUGUUCUUGGUGUUCUGUAGAAAGGAGGUGUGGAACUCAGCUUGGUGUCGGUUUGAAUCGAGGAAGGAUCACGAGAGUGUAGGAGAAGAACUGACGAACGACGAGUUCAUUCUCAUUUUAAUGCCAAGGCCGGUCGUACCGGAGGAUAGGCGUCGACGCGACCGGAGGAUAGGCGUCGACGUGGGGAGCUUGUCCGA